AUGGAGAUCCGACCAGAUAGGUUUAAGAUCGUCGCGGGCAAGACCCUUGGUAAAUUACACAAAAUCCUAGAGAAGCGUCAGGAAAAUGGCGAGACAAUCGAGCUCACCGAUGAGGGUCAGGCAGUUAUCGUGGAGGAGAAGGAGAUGCCCGUGGUGGACUGCACCUGUUUCGGCCUGCCUCGACGCUACAUCAUCGCCAUCCUCUCUGGCCUGGGCUUCUGCAUCUCCUUCGGUAUCCGAUGCAACUUGGGCGUUGCCAUCGUCAGCAUGGUCAACAACCAAACCAUCUACAAGGGCGACAAGCCGAUUCUUGUGAAAGCUCAGUUUAACUGGGAACCAGAAACGGUCGGAAUGAUCCAUGGGUCAUUUUUCUGGGGAUACAUAGUAACCCAAAUACCUGGGGGAUUCAUCUGUCAAAAAUUUGCAGCCAACAGAGUCUUUGGUUUUGCCAUAGUGGCCACCUCAUGCCUGAAUAUGUUGAUCCCAUCGGCAGCACGAACUCACAUUGGAUGCGUUAUCCUUGUCAGGAUAUGUCAAGGACUCGUGGAGGGUGUUUCAUACCCAGCAUGCCACGGCAUCUGGGCAAAAUGGGCCCCGCCUCUUGAAAGAAGUCGAUUGGCCACAACAGCCUUUUGUGGGUCCUAUGCAGGAGCCGUGAUAGCCAUGCCACUGGCUGGGGUGCUAGUCCAGUACUCAGGGUGGUCGUCUGUCUUCUAUGUCUACGGCAGCUUUGGGAUCUUCUGGUAUCUCUUCUGGAUCCUGGUGUCAUACGAGAGUCCGGCAGCCCACCCUACCAUCACAGAAGAGGAGCAGAAAUACAUUGAGGAGGCAAUCGGAAUGUCAGCCGCUAAUGCCACACCUGUUACGAAAUGGAACACGCCUUGGAGAGCCUUUUUCACUUCGAUGCCGGUCUACGCCAUCAUCGUGGCCAAUUUCUGUAGAAGCUGGACCUUCUACUUGCUCCUCAUCAGCCAACCUGCAUAUUUUGAGGAAGUGUUCGGGUUCGAGAUCAGCAAGGUGGGCUUGGUGUCAGCGCUCCCCCAUCUAGUGAUGACCAUCAUCGUGCCGAUCGGGGGCCAGCUGGCUGACUACCUGCGCACAAACAAAAUCAUGAGCACCACCAAUGUCAGGAAGAUGAUGAACUGUGGAGGUUUCGGAAUGGAAGCCACCCUACUGCUAGUGGUCGGGUUCUCUCAUACGAAAGCUGUGGCUAUCACCUUUUUGGUUUUGGCUGUGGGCUUCAGUGGGUUCGCUAUUUCAGGCUUUAAUGUGAACCAUCUGGACAUUGCUCCCCGCUAUGCCAGUAUCCUCAUGGGCAUCUCCAACGGUGUGGGCACUUUGUCUGGCAUGGUGUGCCCGCUCAUUGUUGGCGCCAUGACCAAACAUAAGACGCGGGAAGAGUGGCAGUAUGUGUUUCUCAUUGCUGCACUUGUUCAUUACGGCGGUGUUAUAUUCUAUGGACUUUUUGCCUCCGGAGAAAAGCAGUGGUGGGCAGAGCCCGAGCAACUUAGCGAUGACAAGUGUGGAAUUCUGGAUGAGGAUGAGCUGGCCAACGAGACGGAGGAGUUGUACCGCACCAGUGGAGGAGGAGGCUACGGAGCAACGAGCCAAGCCCCGGAUCCCAAUGGAGGAGGAGGAGGAGGAGGAGGAGGAGGAACCUGGGUUUCAGACUGGGACAAGACUGAAGAGCUAGUACAACCACCAGGAACCAAUAGUUACCUACACGGAGGAGAGGAAGACAGGGAGCUAACAUAG